AUUCAUUGCUAUCUGGGUCAGAACAAACUCACAGAGAUGCUCCGCCUGUUAGAGCCUGCUACUAUUGUUCAGAACUGAAUCCCUGUUAGUUUCUGUUUCUCCGCGACUUCUCUCUGUGGCACAGACGAGCAUUUGGGAAAGAGAAAUGGAAAACUACACUACAGAAAACAACACUAUAGAAGAAUACGAAGACUAUUACUCAUAUCCUUCCAUGAAUAAUGAAACAUGUCCCCAGGAGGCUGAGAUCGAAUUUAACCCUACUGUACUUUUCAUAUUCAUCUCCAUUGUGGUUCUCCCCAGUCUCAUUGGUAACAUCCUGGUUCUGGUGAUCCUUGGACUCUACGAGAACCUCAAAUCACUGACCAACAUCUUCAUCCUUAACUUGGCUCUGUCUGACCUCAUCUUCAUUCUUGGACUUACAAUUUGGGCCUCUUACUUCAUCUGGAGAUGGACUUGCGUUGAUUUUAUGUGUAAAACUGUGAACUUUAUUUUCUCUGCUGGAUUUUAUAGCAGCAUUGUGUUCCUGACACUGAUGACUAUUAAGCGCUAUGUAGCAGUGGUCCAUCCUCUGUCUGACUGGAGCAGAUGGCAGAGUUUUACAGUGAUUCCCAUCAUUGCUUGGGUGGUGAGCUUUUUGGCAGCUUUGCCAGAGUUCAGCAUCAUAGGUGACCCAAUAUACCCUGACAUACUUUACUGUCAAUAUUUCACCAUUUCAGGCAUUCUUGGUGUCACAUAUGAGCAGAACAUUUUUUUGGUUGUUGCCUUUUCUGUCAUGAGCUUCUGCUUCAUAAGAAUUCUUCUGACCAUCAUCAAGGCCCAAACAAAGAAGAAACACAGGACUGUAAGACUCGUGUUCUGCAUGGUGGUGGUGUCCUUUGUAAACUGGGCUCCUUAUAACAUUGUGGUAUUUCUGCAGACUUUAACUCAUCAUCAGAUUGAGUUUUUUACACAAUGUAGUGUCUUUGCUCAUCUUAAAUAUGCAUAUCAUCUCUGCAGAUUACUCGCUAUUUCCCACUGCUGUGUUAAUCCAGUGAUUUACAUUUUCGCUAGUAAAAAAGCAAGGAAUCAUUUGAAGGCGCUUCUACAGAAGAUAUUCCAACGACAAACAAAUACAGAAUUCCAUCAGGCAGAAAUUCACUCUGACAGUUCACUGUGAAGAGGAUUGGGGACCCACAUCAUUCCUGUGCAGUUUUUAAGGGUCACCUUGCAUGACAAAGAAGGAAUGUAAAACUGAAGAGGCACAAUAUCCCAAUAUUUUAUUUUUAUAUUCCACACUAUGCAUGCCUUAAAUACCUUCAUUUAUAACAUUAUUCCUCACCAGUUCACCUUGCAACAAGCUGGUCACGCCCAUUUCACUUAUGCUAUGUAUCAUAAUCAUGAUGUUUUAAAUCACAUAUUAUAUUAUUAAGUAUGAUGCUUCUAUAAUGUCUGUACUAUGUUGAAAUUGUUUGGAGGCUGCGUUUUACGCACUGUGUGAUUUAGCAUUAACUUUCACUUUAAUGGCUUAUAUUCUGUCAUGUGCAAGUGAUCAUUAAAGAGUUGGCACAGCUA